CUCACACACUCACGUUAUCUCUUUCUGGAGCAACAUGCACAGGCUAACUCACUACCGCCUUCUCUUUGUCUGCUUGACUGGAGUGCUGCUGUUGCUACCUCUCUGCUGCGGCCAAACUGUAUAUUAUGACUACGGUGACACAACACAGACACCGGACUACGACUACAACGCCACCUUUGAAUACAUCUUUUUCAGCAACGCUAGUACUGAGGACCUGGACAAGUUUCUAAGAGCAAGUGAAGAGGAGUUUUAUGAGGGAGAAGAUAUGGGGGAAGAGGAAGACACAACCUUCCCGACCACUAUGUCGACCACAGACAGCAGCAUAGCGAAGGGCUCCAGGACAGCUCCUCCAUGUUUGCUGCUUGCCCUGGGCUUGACCGUGCACCAGCUGGGCCAACUCCUAUGAGAGGUACCACCGACGUUAUAGGACGCACACAUACACACACUCAGGAGAUAUCCAUGGGUCUAAGCAUGAAGGGAAGCGCAAGAAAGAACGGGGCUCAACACUCACCGGCAGUGACUCUUGGUGGACUCCUGUGAACUCAAACUUUAUUAUGCAAAGAACCCCUUCCGUCUUUGACUGCUCCCCCGUAGGACCUGAAGCCCAAACCAGGGACUCAAACCACUGCUCCCAUUGGACAUGAUGUCACUACAACAUCACCCAUAGUAUUCUAAAGCAAUGGAGAGACGAAAACCACUGCACACUGUAGGAUAAAUUACUACACAAUUGUGUUUUUAUGCGUUACAACACACGCAACCCUGCUUAUGUAGCAAACGCCACCACCGCACAAUUUUCAUAUUCAUUCUGUGUUGCAUCAUUCAGGGAGGUAGCUGAUCUGUAAGGUUGGUUCAGGCACCAUUAGGCUGCUGGAAAGAAAUGCCCAAUGCUGAUUUAUUAAAGGGCAGAAGGUCCUAAAUGUAAAAGUAGGCCAGGUUAAUGAGAGGGCUUCAAUUUGUUUCACAAAAAGUAGAUCCAAUACCACAGCAACACAUGACCUGUUACAUGCUUUGUCCAUCGGGGCGGUCAAUCGUAUUCCUCUUCUGUUUUGGAACCACUUUGAUUCAUGUGGAUUUCUAUUGAGAACAAGUGUCAUUCUGUCAAUGAAAGGCUCUGAAAAAACUGGUCUGAAAAUAUUGUGAACCUGCCGAUACCAAUAGCACAAAUAUAUCCGAUGUUCAUUCCAAGCGCCGUUACUUCCUGUGUGUCACAUUUACCCUGGUUCGUCUCUGUUUACAUCAUACACAAACACGGCUCAGCAUCCUUCUAGUCUAAGCCAUGCUGUUUAUUGACUUUGAGCAAAUACACAGGCACUUUCCUUAGAAAACGGCACUUCUGCAUCACCAGUCACCUCCUCGUAAGGGCAGGUAACCCUCUGCAGCAUACCAGUAUUUACCAUGUGUUUUAUACCAUUUUAUAAGUGUUUUAUAAAUAUUUUAUAGACGGUGUAUAAAUUAACUCUACAGAGGGGAUCAUACCGACUACUCAGAUGCACACAAGGUUAAUCAUGUCAACUGAUGAAUGUUA